AUGUAAUCUGCCCGUUCAAGGACGCCCGGAUUUCCCCCUUUUCCGAGUCUCGACCGGCAUCCGGUGUGUCGUUGCACUUGGAUGUGCUGGAGUGAGAGCGGGGUGCGGUGAGAAGAGGAGGACACCGGCUGAGGCGAGAAGUGGAGGAUAGUGGGUGCAGCGAGGAGGACAUCGGAAGAGGCGAGAAGAGGAGGACACCGGCUGAGGCGAGAAGUGGAGGAUAGCGGGUGCGGCGAGGAGGACACCAGCUGAGGCGAGAAGUGGAGGAUAGCAGGUGCAGCGAGGAGGACACCGGCUGAGGCGAGAAGUGGAGGAUAGAGGGAUUGCGUGGACGAGCCAGGGCAGUUGAGAGGCGGCUGGGUGGGAGGUCGUCGUCGUCCUGGUCAAGCGGGGGCAUUUCACGGUCGUUUAGAGGAGCGAGGAGCCCGCUUCGUGUACCCGAGGUUAAGCCGAGAAAGAGAAGAACCAGAACCGAUGAGCCGGCGAUAACUCGUCAGGCGGGUCUUGAGCCAGGCCGCCCAGAUUCCACAAGGCCCAUAUUCCCCUCGGUGCAUCGAGGCAAGCUCACCGUCUCGCUCGACCACCCCAGAGAAGUCGACAGAGCAUGGGGGAAGCGUCUCGCUUCGGGAAGACAUUGGAGAGAUGCCGGGGAAGUCGCCGGCUGGUCCUCGUCGUCGUCGCCGUCGCCCUCCUCGUCGACAGGAUGCUCCUCACCGCAGUCGUGCCGGUGAUCCCCGCCCUUCUGGCCUCCUUCCGGGAGCAGCCCAACGGGACGACCCAGCUGCAGAAGAACGCCACUCGGGAGGACGCGAAGGGAGGAGAGACGGACGGCAUCCUCGGCUCCAACUCCUCCCUGACGGAAGACGUGCCCCGCUGCCACUGGAAUCAAUCGGAGAGCGGCGAAGGGAGGGAGAACUUGGAAGUGGGAUUCCUCUUCUCGUCCAAGGCGAUCGUGCAGCUCAUCGUGAAUCCGUUCGUGGGACCCCUCACCAACAAGAUCGGGUACAGCCUGCCCAUGUUCGCCGGAUUCACCAUCAUCUUCUUCUCCACCAUCGGUGAGUCGGCGCCGGGCGACUCCGGCGAAAGCUGGCCCACGCCUCAAGGCCCUCUUUCCCUCGCCUCAAGGCCUCUUUCCCUCGCAGCGUUCGCGUUCGGGAGGUCGUACUGGAUGCUGCUCCUCGCUCGGAUUCUGCAGGGCGUCGGGUCCUCCUGCUCCACCGUCUCUGGAAUGGGAAUGCUGGCCGAGCGAUACCCCGAAGAACGAGAGCGAGGCAUCGCGAUGGGGAUAGCCCUGGGAGGAUUGGCUUUUGGAUGCGUCGUUGGACCCACGUUUGGGGGGUUCAUGUACGAGUUCGUGGGGAAGUCUUCGCCGUUCGUCGUCCUUGCUGGAUUGGCUCUCGCUGAUGCGCUGUUGCAGCUGGUGGCACUGCAGCCGAAGAUGAAGAAGGAGACGAUGGCAGGACCGUCCCUCGUUCAGCUUCUCACGGACCCUUACAUCUGCAUCGCUGCAGGAGUGCUGCUCUUCGCCAACAUGUCGAUCUCCAUCCUCGAGCCAUCGUAUCCCCUAUGGAUGGAGCGAACCAUGUGCGCCCCGGUCUGGCAACAGGGCGCCGUCUGGCUCUCGCCUUCCAUCUCGUACCUGCUCGGCACCUGCAUAUCUCCCACUCUUGCGCAUAAAAUUGGAAGGUGGGUAGUUACCUUGGUCGGUCUCAUCCUUUUGGGAACCAGUCUGGCCCUCGUGCCUCAAUCGACGCGAGCCGUGGACCUGAUCGCCCCGCUGGGCGGGCUGGGCUUCUCCGUGGGGAUGGUGGACACCUGUAUCAUGCCCGAGCUGGCUCGGCUGGUCGACAUCAGACACUCUGCCGUCUACGGGACGGUCUAUGCCAUCGGGGACGUCGCCUUCUGUCUCGGAUUCGCCGUCGGUCCUGCUCUGGCAGCGGAACUCGUGACGAACGUCGGCUUCGACUGGAUGCUAUAUAUCAUGGCCAUCAUCUGCUUCGCCUAUUCUCCGCUUCUCUUCUUCCUUCGGAAUCCUCCUGCUCGCGAGGAGGCGAAGGUGGGAUUAGUUGUGCGCCUGCUCAACGGAAAGUCCUCGCUGAGCUACACGGAGCCCGCGGACGAGGCGGACGCUGACAAGAAGGAAGACGAGAAACCUCCAUCGUCCAUCCAAUGAAGGUCUCUGUUGUGGAAUGACGAGAAUCCCCUCGUGAUUCCUCCCAAGCUCCUCUGUCGUCCUUUCCCCCCCCCCCCUCACCCCCCCUCACCCCCCC